AUGGCCGAUAUCGAUGACUUUGAGGUUCCACGAGGUGCGCUCCGCAUCAAGGGCGGAGCAAUUGGCGGCGUCAAGAAAGCCAAGAGCAAGAAGCCAGCCCCAUCCGAAAGCACAAACACACAAGCGCAAGGCGUAGUCAGCUCCGUGCUCGCCGAACUGGCAGAGGGCAGCACGCCCGACGACGCUGCUUCGUCCACCCAAGCUGCACCAAAGGCCGACUUGCGAACGCCUGCUCAAAAGAAGGCUGAUGCUUUGCGAGAGCGAAGGGAAGCCGAGCGCAUUCUUAAACAAGCCUCGGUCAGUCACAAGGAUCGCAUUGCUGAAUUCAACAAAAAGCUGGACGAGCAAUCCGAGCAUUACGAUGUGCCCAAAAUCAGUUGGACAAAUUUCGCGCCAACGCCGCAGCCGCUGCCACUCCUUGCCGCGCCCCGUCUGCCGUCGACCUACCCGUAUGGCAGCUCUGUCACACGCGGUGGGCGGCCAGGGGGACCGACGGCGGCGACGAGCAGGCGGCGUUUUGCUGGCGCGCCUGUGCUGCAAGUUGCGAGAAUGGGCGAUUGA